AUGGCUACUAGCUCAACAGGCGUUUCUAGUGCUUCUGGGGUACCAGAAGGGAGUUCAGUUUCGAGACCUCCACUCUUUAAUGGAUCUAACUAUGAUUGGUGGAAAAAUAGAAUGAAAAAUUUUAUGCAGGCCUAUGACAUUGAAUGCUGGAGAAUCAUUUUGAAAGGAAUCACACCUCCAUCACUUACUGAAUUAAAUGGAACUAGAAGAGAAAAGACUGAAGAAGAGUACACCGAUGAAGAUUGGAAAGCUGUUCAGCUCAAUGCCAAAGCUAUCAACAUGAUUCAUUGUGCACUAGAUGCCACCGAGUAUAAUCGAAUUCGAGGAUGCUCAACAGCAAAAGAAGCAUGGGAAAUACUUCAAACCACGUUUGAAGGAACAGAUCAGGUUAAAGAAUCUAAAAUCAACAUGCUAAAGAGACAGUAUGAGCUGUUCCAGAUGCAACCUAAUGAAUCUAUUCAGGAGCUAAGCACUCGCCUUUCAAAUAUUGUAAAUGGAAUGAAGAGUCUCGGGGAAAAUAUAAGAGAAGAAGAACUUGUGAAAAAGGUUAUAAGAUCUCUUACCGAUAAAUGGGACAGCAAGGUAGAUGCCAUCUUUGAAGAAAGAAAUCUAAAAGAUUACUCCCUGGACGAGCUAAUGCGUUCGCUGUUCACUCACGAGCUAAUUAAGAAAGGGAAAGAGUCAGUCUUCAAUAAAAAGAAGAAAACUGAUCUAGCUCUAAAAACUGUCAAUCAAGAGAGUGAUUCAGAUAACUCAGAAGAAGAAAUAGCUCUCAUGACUCGAAAGUUUCAGAAGAUAUACAAGAAAGGUGGAAGAAGAUACAGGAAUGACUUAAAGAAAUCAUACAAUCCCAGACCUGAAGCUAAGAAGGAAACACUGGAAGCUAACUGCUUUGAAUGUAACAGCCCGGAUCAUUUCAAAGCUAACUGCCCAAAGCUAAAGAAAAGAUAUCGGAAAGAAAGAUUUGAUAGAGCUAUGAAAGCCACAUGGAGUGACAGUGAAGCAUCCAGCUCAGAAGAAGAAACACCAGGAAAUGCCAUUGUUUGCUUAAUGGCCAAAAUAGGAGAAGAGUGUGAUCCCCAAGACAAUGCUGAAGGAUCUCAACCUAAUCAAUGUUCAGAAGCUGACAGUUCAGAAUCUGAUCGUGAGGUAAAAACUCUUGACAUUAGCUCUCUUGAUCUUCAAGAUUUAUAUAAUGCUCUUUUCAAAGAAUACACCAAGGUUUCUUUAAAAUAUCUAAAUCUAAAAGGAAAAUACAAGAUCGCAGAAGCUGAUAACUUGACUAGCCAGCCUGACCAUGCUAGCGCUAAUCAAACUAAUCAACUUAAGACUGAUGUUGAUCAGAUUGAAACUAAUCUCACUCAGCCUUCGAGCGAUCUGAUUGAAGAGCUUAGACACUCUAAAUCCCAAAUCAGAUUUCUCCAAACUGAACUUGAAGGUUCAAACAAUGUUAAGAAAAUGUUUGCUAGACUCAAUGAAAAUUUGAAAAUCAAAAUCGUUGGCUUAACUCGAGAUCUUGAGACUUUCACAAAAGGUAGAUCCAAUCUUGACAUGCUCCUUGGAACUACUGAUAUGCACUUAUCUAAAAGCAAAGCUGGCAUUGGGUAUGAUCCUUUAAAAAUUCAAGAACCCAAAGCUACUCAGUUUGUGAAAGCCAUGGUUGGCCCAUCUCGAUCUAACUAUCAAGCCCAACCUUUUGUCACUAAAGAAUCUUGCUUUUACUGUAACCGAAAAGGCCACUCAGAUAAAUUUUGCAAUUUCAAAAAGAAAUCCACUCAAGGUACUCAGACUCGGAACAACUUAUAUGUCAAAGCUAACCCAUCAGGACCCAAUUUAGCUUGGGUACCUAAAACUAACUGA